AUGGACGCUCCUACUGCGGACAUUUACAGCGAAUCGCUGGACUGGAUAAAGUCGGUAAAUCACCAAAUGAGGUCGCCCGGAGCGUUUAUAUCGUCGAGGCUGGAAACCGUUUCCCUGGAGCAUGUCCAUAGGGAGUUUUCAGCGUUGCUCCUGGCUACACAGUCGCACAGUUCUGCGCUGAUACGAACGGUUUUUGCCGAUGCAUCUUCACAUGAUGAGAGUCUAAAGAUGAUCAUAAAGUCGCUAUGGCCAGUAAAAGACAGAAUAACGGAAUCCUGCCGGUCAUUUGAACCAAUCAAAGACGAAUACUUUCUACUUAGGAAUCGUGUAGAGAAUUUGCUGAAAAGAGUAGCCGUUUUGUCCUAUGCAAAGGCAACCAUUAUGACGUUUAUGGAGGCACAUGAGUAUUUUAGCAGCGUUUGCACCGAGAUUAUCGACUCUUUAAAUGAGUGUAAGGAUAACCGGCCAGAUAAUAACCAAUCAAGCAUAGACGAGGCAGUGAAAAUUACGGAAUACAUUGCAAAUAAUGGAUACAAGGUGGAUGGGAUUCUGCAGGGCUCUCUCGUGUGGACCCUGUUUGAGCUCGUCCCAAAGGAACUUGGUCACGUUUCGUCGCUUUUACGCAAGUGCAAAUCAUAUGAACAGGAACUUGGAAUGCUGGUGGAUGGCAAAGGAACGGAAUGGGUUGUUACAUCCGAAGCUACACUGGGAUGGGCAGAUUUGGGUGCAUUCAAAACCGCAUUCUCUGUUGCAAAGAUGGAGGAUUGUAUAGAUAGGCUUAGAAUCUCCCUUGCAACAACAAUUGAACUUUACUCUUCCCAGCUAUUUUCUCGUCUUUACAAGGCAUAUUCUGAGCUCCACAAUUGUAGCGAGGAUGAGCUCACCAAAAAUGGGCUGGAGGAGGAGACUCAGAGGCUCCUGUCUGGACUAACGUCGGUGAUAAAGGGCUACAACGAACUACGGUCUGGGGACGCUAGUCCUCUAGUCUGCAAUUUCGUAACAAAUUUUCUAGACCCAUUUCUCCAGUCGACCAGAUUGGACGGUGUGAGAGACGAUUCAAAUGUAUUUGCAACUCUUAGUCAGGAAUUGGACCUUUUUCCAAAAUUCGUACAUUAUGUAGAAGAGAAUAUAUUAAACGAGGAAAGAAGCCUUGUUAUGCGGUUCCUAAACGACUUGUCUAGAAAGUGUGGAUUGGAGACAUUCAGGACACUCUGUAUCUUUGAUGCCUUGGCCAAGGCAAUUUUUGAUCAUAUUUAUGAGAAUUACUCGUGGAUCUUUACUGCGGUGUAUCCUGAAUACUUUUUUCAAAACUAUAGGGCGUUUGAGCGAUUGCUUAUGCUAAUAGAACAACGUUCGGAUGACGCCACCUCCCACUUGUUCAAAUGGAGGGGAUCCCUCCUACCGUCCAGUCUUGGCCAGCGAUUUUGCACUGGCAUGAUCUGUGAUAACUUUGUGGACAAUAUAUGUACCAAUGUGUUUAAGGAAUUUACAAAGUAUAACGAUAUAGAUGGAAAUUUUUUCAUUUCAGAUGAUAAAAAGUUUUACAUUCGCUCCUCUCAUGUUGUGUAUGACGAAAUUCGCUCAAUGUUCUCAGAGAGUAAAUUUCUGCAUCACUUGUUUCCCCAAUAUCUAAAGGGGCUUUAUGACAUUUUUUGGGGGUACAUUGGACACAUGGACUCUUUUAUAUCGCACAUGGAAUUGGGUGGUGAUGGAGGCAGUGAGCACUGGCCGUCUGGCCUCUCAUUUGCCUACUCUACUUACGUACUACACGAUAUCGUGAUUUUCAGAGACUGCUUUAGGGUUUCUAGCGCGAGAAACGUGCAGAAGGACAUCGCAACUGAGCCCGGCCUUGCUAGUGAGCAAGAGCUGGGAAGCAUCGCAAAAAUAUUGCUGGGCAAGGCAGGGUAUCCACUCUUUUUCUUCCUCAAGAAUGGUUCCAUAAAUUCAUCAUUCUCUGAACCCAUCGACUGCUGGUUCGGAAUGGCGGAAAUUGAAACAGCCUUGCCAAAUGAGGAUUUGGAGAAACUCAUAAUAUUCACGAGGGAAAUUUAUGGACUUGUGUGCACGUUUCUAAACAUGGCAUAUGACAAGGUUGACGCAAUGAAGACUAAAUUGGACAAGUAUAUUAUCACGUCCCUUUACACGAGUUCAAAGUGCAGUCUGCAAUUUAUUCAGUCAAUGCCCUCAAAGUUUAGGGGUUCAAACAAGGUGGAGCCAAAGGGUGCUAGUGACUAUGUCAAGUUUCUGGUAGCUCCCCUUUCCUCCUUUAAGGAGUUUAGCAGUCUUGUCAUCACAAACCAAGAAUCACAGGACAUUCUCUCCAAAACUGUUGCUCGCGUUGUCGUCGAUUAUAUUCAGAAUAUUAAAAGUCUUUUGGAAUCGGUAGAGACUCUAAAUACAUCGAUUUCAAAGGCCAACAACAUCAUGUUGGAUGACCAGUCCAAGGACUUUUUGAUCGUGGACACGUCAAUGAUCAAGAGGCAAAUAUCAAAGGAUGUGACCGAGUUCUACGACACUUGUCAGACAAGGUUUGGUAUCAACGCCAGCACAUGUCCCGAACUUGAAGAUCUUUUAGAGUAUGUAACAUACUAA